AUGGAGCGUGAAUGCGAUGAUGAAUUCAGUCCUAAAAUAGGUACUGACCACCAGGCAGAAAUUCCUUUGAAUCUUGCUGCUUCAGAAGAUUUAUAUGAUAAACCACUUUCUUCUGCAAUUUGUUUCCCCGUCUCAGUCGCAUGGAGUGAUGCUGAUGCAGAAAGUUUAGUACUUGCUUUGUUUCUUUUUGGGAAGGAUUUUACUCUCGUAAAUAAAUUCUUAGAGAACAAAGGGAUGGAGGAAAUACUCUCAUUUUACUAUGGAAAGUUUUACAAUACCGAUGGAUAUCGUAGAUGGUUGGAGUGCAGGAAGUUGAAAGGGAGGAAAUGUAUGAUAGCCAAGAAACUUUCUACCAAAAUGAGGCAAAAUGACCUAUUGUCUCGUUUGAUUCCUCGUGUCUCUAAGGAAUCUCAACAUACUUUGUUAAAGGUUUCUAAGUCAUUUGUGGAAGGAAAAACUUGUCUGGAAAAAUACAUAUCUUCUAUGGCAUCUAUUGUUGGACUUGGCGUUUUUGCACAAGCACUAGGUAUUGGAAAGGAGAACGGAGUCCUUACUCGGCUUGAUUUGGAACCUAGGAAGAACAGUUGUGAAGAGUUUUCAGCACCAGCUUGCAAAGCUUUGUCUUCUCUCGGACCGGAUGAUAUAAUACAGUCUUUGACUGGAGAAUUACUGCUGAGCAAAACCAGAAGGAAUGAACUGUUCUGGGAAGCUGUUUGGCCCCGCUUAUUGGCAAGAGGUUGGCACUCUGAGCAACCAAAGAAUCUAGAUUAUUGGGUGUUUCUCAUUCCCGGUGUUGACAAGUUUUCUUUGGGAAAACAUUUGAAAGGGCUACAUUACUUUGAUUCUGUUAAGGAUGUGUUGAGCAAAGUAGUAGCUGAACCAAAUAUUAUUCUGCUUGAAGAAGAAUCAAACACGGAUGUUUUCUCUAACAAUCACUGUUCAUGUUACCUCAGGUGUCGAUCUUCAACUUACGAUAAAGAUCAUAUACGUUUUGUGAAUGGCGGAAAGCCAUCAGAUUUAAGGGAAUUGAAAUAUGUUUCGUCUAAUACAGUUGAGGUAAAUGUUGAUGGUAAAAGAUAUAAAGGGUACCAAUAUACAAGGAGAGUAAACCAUAGCAAAGAUAUGUCAGAAAGCAUUGAACAUAGGUCCACAAAGUUAACAGCUAUUGAUACCAAUAGACUUCAUGAAAGAAAACUAUUGAAGGUGAAACCAAAGAGAUAUCUGUCCAUUGAAUUGGAAGAUGCUUCUAUGAUGAAAGAAAAUAAGGUUGGCACUUCAACUGAUAGUUCACCGAGGAUGGCGGAAGCUAAGAUUCAGCUAUAUGGCAGAAAGAAAACUAAUAGUUGCAGAGAUGCAUCUUGUAAUGGAGUUUCAGGUAAAAAACAAGCACGUGAUAAUCCUGAUAAUGAUGCAAACAAGAUAGUUGAAAGGCAUAAAAACCAAGACACCUGCGUGUUUGAUGAUAGUCAGUGUAUGAGGAUCAUAAAGCAUCCGUUUAAUUGGAGAGUAAGCUUAGGUGAUUCUAAUCAUGAAGCUGUUCCUACUAAAAGGAGGAGAUUGACUGCUUGUACGAAAGCAGAGAUUAGGCGCAUCAUCGAGAUCGCUUCAGGAGAAUUGGGAUCAGAUAAAGCAGGAUUCAUUUGUUCUUUUGCUUCAUCAGCAGACAGAAGUGUGGAAGGUGAGAAAGGCCUAAAGUCAAAAGAUCCAUGUCUAACAUCUGCUGCUACUGAGGAAGUAAUUGAGGAGCCUCUGAGAACACAUUAUGAUGUUGGUUCGUUGGAACAACCCAAGAGAAGACAAAGCAGUAGAAACAGCAAAUUGACAGUUAAAGCAUUUGAAAGUUUAGCAAAUGAGUUCUUGCAUGUGCAAAAGAAACAAAAGAAGAUUGACAUCAUUUUUAAUCCUUGCCGCAAGGCUCGAACAAAAGGCAAAACAAGACCGCGUCGACAUUUUUUAGCUCAUUGGAAUGCAGUUGAAGUACAAGAAGAAAAUCAUUUGAAUGUAGAUGGCAGUAUAGUUGGUUAA